AUGUAUUUCAAAUAUCUAUUCGACGACGACUGUACCGAAAUAUCAUCACCUCUCAACCUCAACUAUUAUCGCCACUACGUCAACAGACAAAAGAGUAAAGAGCUCCAAGAGCAAAGACACCAACUACAGCAACAGCAACAACAAAAGAAUCAGCUGCCACAGCCACAGCAACAACAUCCGCCACACACUUCCACGAAUAGCGAAAAUCCAGACUCUACCACACCUUCAACUUCCAGCUCUACGCAGCAACAACAAGACACCCAACAACAGCCAGACGCGAGUAAUAGUCUAAAGACCUCCCAAGAGUCAACGACUAGCGGCUGCUUCUCUGGCGCACCAGACGCAGCAGGCUACUGUCAGAACCCUUUGUACUAUUGCUACGACAAUAGAAUGAUGUUCUCAAUAUUCUUGAUGGAGUUCCCAUAUAAUAUCGAUACCGAUGCCUACAUUAUGAAGGAGUACGAUCGUCUGAGGACGAUGCAGGAGCAGACUCAAGGCGCGCCACGCCACACCGAGAUCCUGCUGCGCAAAGAGGACAGCAUUGGUGGACGCAAGGCACUCAAGGAGAAGUUUGUAGAGAUCUACGAAGCGUUCUUUGCUGGCGACGACCCAUCCAAGGACCAACAGUCAUUCUGGGAGCAGCUGUUCCUCAUCAAGGUUAACGCGCCCUUCUUAGAACGCUGUCUCAAUCUCGUGUCAGACGAUCACCUCCAACAUCUCCGACCCAACAUCAAUCUGAUCUUCACCCAGUGCUGCCAGGCCAUCAAGCACUCGGACAGCACUCGCAUCAGCCACAUCCUAGAGACACUCUACACGAUACUCAAAUGCAUCUUCAAGCGCAAGUUCAACAACUUUGGCUGUGACAUCAAGAGUCUGUUGUGUGGCCCCACUGACACUGCUGACGCGGUACUACGUGAGCUAAUAGUUGACCUCGAGUCACUACUUUGCUACACGGAAGUCAAGAUCAGGACAAUGGCGGUGGAGCUCAUCUACAUCAUGGUGACCUCGUACGAGUACCUCAAUCAGAACAGUCUGUUGAACUACUUUAUGUUGGUCGACAUCUUCCCAAGCAUCUUGAACGCGGUCAUUGAUCGUGAGCUGCCCAAACAAACACGAUUCAACGCGCUGGCCACACUGAUCUACCUGUGCAACUUCCAAAAGUACGACGUAUCCAACAUAUACAUCAAACAACUUGCAGGACUCUGCGAUGUUGAUCGACUACGUCGUCUGAUCGAUGUUAUAUCCGUCGGCCUCUACGAGCAGAAUAGGUACUAUGCCGAGUUGUUGAGGGAGCCCAAUCAGACAUUGGUAUCCAAGUUCAGUGGCUACCUAAGCAAUUGGAUAUUGCCACAGUCUCCAUUGGACACUAGUGUGCCCAGCAACACAGGACCUUGUUUAUUGAUGUUGUACGAGUUGAUCAAUUUCAACGAGACGUUUGUAAAUCAACUUGUCACUGGACGUCUAUCACUACUCAACAACACAUGUCCGGAAGUGAUCAAACAGUUCCUCACAUACUCUAGCUACCUGGCUUCUGACAACUCAUCCAAAGAGUCCCGCUCCAUGCUUACCAAGCUAUCUCUAAACAUCCUAAUAUGCAUGUCUGAGCGACUGGACAUUGAAGACUACUUCCACGAUGUCAAGACCUCAAGUUAUAUAUUCAUUUACUCAAAGAGGAACCCAUAUCCAGACCACUUUGAGAUAGAGAAGAGACCAAUAUCAUGUUAUAUUAUUGAUGUUAUCAAUCAGUUCAUCAAGUGUAAUUUGAAGGGAGGAAGGCCUCCAACUGAUCUCUUCCAGAAAUGUAUAGAUUGCCUCAAGCGUAUAAUAUCAUACAAGAAGAAAACACAAUCUAGACUACCAUACUGUUGGUUCGACAUCUGGACUACCCUCUUCUCUCUUAUGUCCACCCUCUCGAUCUCAGACAAGGAUCAACAACAAGAGUUAUUGAAUGUUGGAAUCAAUACAAUCAAUAUAUUCAACCUGUUUAUAGCAUAUGGUGACUUGUUCUUACCAGAGCCAAGUGAUUAUGACGACUUGUUCUAUGAGAUAAUUAGGUCGGGUCAGAUAAUCAAUGGAUUCUCGGCAAGUGUAGAGCUGGAGGAUCCAAACGGUCAUUUGGCCAACGCGUUGCUCAACAUCAAGACAAUCAUAACACACUUCAACUCGCGUAUUCAGCAGUGGACGAUUGAGCAUCCCGAGUUCCCACUCACCUCUGAGCACGUCAUCAAGCUGAUCCGAGACAACUACGAAACGCUACGACUCAAGCUCCAGGACAACCUGGACCAAUACGAACGCUACGUCGAGAAUGGCAAAGAGUCCAUCUUCUUCCGUCAGCUCAUUCGCUACCUUGUACAUGAUACCAAACAACCAGCCAACUGA